AUGACGGUUCAUAACCAGGCGGACGGCUUCGUAGUCAAGAACGAAACUAGUUCCGAUAAGCCAGUGACAGUUAUGGUAAUAGCCCUCGGGGCUCCAGGGAAUUCGCCGCCGAUAAUUUGCACUAGUGAUACCACCGCAAAGGUCGGUAGUCGGGCCCUGACUACGGAUAGGGUGGAAUCUUUGCAAGUCAGCGACAAGGCCGCCGCUGCAGCAGGCGGCAGGUGUUCCCUGCAAAGGUAUAGAACAACGUCGGCAGGCAACCACAGGAAGCUCGAGGUCUGCUCUAGUAACGUUGAUGCCGUUAGGGGGGAGGGUGGAGGUGACGGCAGCGGGAUCGACGACAGGAACGGCGAAGAGGACGGUGAAGAGGACGGCGAAUAG